AUGCUUGCGUUACCAUCAUCAAACGGUGCUAGACCUAAUGGCGGGGUGAUGACAGGCGAAAAAGACGCAGCCACUGAUUUCUUCCUAGUUGUCGAAACGGCGAGCUCCAAACUUCAAAAUCCCCUCAUCAAUCACAACUUUCCCUUGCCAAAGACCGAUAAACCGAGACCUCACGUAUGUGGAACCUGUCAAAGAUGUUUUGCUCGAUUAGAACACCUGAAGCGUCAUGAGCGUUCCCAUACAAAAGAAAAGCCAUUCGAAUGUCCGGAAUGUGCAAGAUGCUUUGCCCGACGCGACCUACUCCUUCGGCAUCAGCAGAAGCUUCACAUGACUACAACACCGUUAGCUCGCCCCCGUAACCGUCGAGAGAGUGCGACAAGUACAUCAGCUGGAGUUCCUGGCCGAGUGCGCAAAAAUUCCUUAGCAAAUAGUGGAAAUGCAGUCAUGAGGCCAAGAGCUAAUACCAUCAGUCAUAUCGAGGGGACUCAAACUUCUACAACAUCUUCUGCGAAUGCUGCAACGGCAGCAGCUUCUGUACAAUCGAGACUGAUGCACUCACACAACAGGCAUUCUAGUGUUGCUGAGCUUCCCUUAUCAAACAAUUAUAAUCCUUACAACUCCAUCUCUUCGGAAAUUGGGCAAAGAGCGAUGAACCUUGGGCUGCCCAAACUUGAGAUACAAAACUCCCCUUCUCUAGGAUACUCCAGUGGACUACGGACAGCACCAUUGUUAGGUGGUUUCAACCCUGAAUUCGACUAUGAAGGACUUAUUUACGGGCCCAACUCAACAAUUAACCCAAAUGCUCUCCACUAUAAUGAUUCACCUCACUCAGUAGCUUUGGAUGCAAAUACCCUAUACCAUCAGAGUUUAACAGGAGAUAUUCACAGUCAGCAAUUCGAUGAAAAUCUUGAUUGGCUCAACGGGUUCGAUCACCAGCUCUCAUUCCAGGACCUCCAAGAUCAUGCUCUUGAUGGGUCAUCACCUUCAGCCAUCAGCACUGCAAGCCAGAGCGGAAUUAGUGAGAUCAUGCUGGAUGGUUCAAACAACCCAGCUGCAUCCUCAGCAUCUAUGUGGCCGCAUUCUAUGCUGGCACCUCAGAUGAUGACACCAUCUCAGUUUUCCCUUGAAAUGGGAAAUGCUGGGUUCCAUGAUUUAAUGAGUCAGGGUCCUUUGUCCCCACACAGUAUUUCUCGAAAGAAUGGAAAUGAACCUUAUUUCUCCACCCCACCACUACCACACCCGUCUCACACAGCUUUGAGCCCCUCUUUGAUGUCUGGAAUUUCAAAUCAUCACCAAAUCAGCUUUGGUCCUGAAACACCUGUAUCAGUGACUUGUAAUCUUCCAUCAAUAUUACCCAUAGUAUCAAUCACUGACAUGAGCCGACAAACAUUGAUUGAUAACCUCCAGUCAAAUUCUAAAUGUGUUUCGGGAUUUGAUUUCGGCCCCGGGAGUCUUCCGUCAACGAUAUCAUUUGGGAGUCGAGAUUCUAAAGGUAACGAACUUCAUAGUUCCAUUCCCAGUACACAGGAUUUCCAAAGAUACGUUGCCGCUUAUAUUCGUUUCUUUAACCCUCAUAUGCCGUUUCUACAUAUACCAACCCUUUCUUUUGAUCUACACAGUCAAUCUAGCACCGGAAAUAAUCGCACUGCCACUGUCUCUAGCGCUCGCUGUUGCCUUCUUCUUGCUAUGGCGGCUAUUGGUGCACUAUACGAAAUGGAGCGCAUAAUAGCUCACGACCUCUUCGAAUCUACCCAAAAAAUGAUACAGAUCUGCAUGGAAGAUAGAACUAAGUUAAAUUCACCGGCAACGGACAGUGAGAAAUCAGGUAUGGAUACUACUUCACAAAGUGCAGUCUAUCCACCGAUCAGCUUGGUACAAGCGAUGCUCUUGAACUUAUUAUAUUGCCAUCAUUGUGGUGAACAGACCUCUGACGGAACAACAAUUUCACCUGGCGUAAUUGUUAACCUAUCCUGCGUUGCCGACCUUCUCCGACCGUAUGAGCGGUGUCGCUCACGUGGACCAGAACUACAGUUAGACGAUUGUGCAUUCUCUGAUGAUUGGGGAUACCCUAAUAUAAAAAGCGAGACAUCUGAGGAACACCAAGAUUGGUAUGAAUGGAAAUGCAUGGAAGAGCGCAAGCGAACGAUUUAUUUUAUCUAUCAUAUGUCAAGCUUGCUGGUUAUGUUCUACAAUCACACCCCCAUACUUAUGAAUUCAGAAAUGACUCUUGAUCUACCCUGUGACGAAGAGUUUUGGACUGCUGACACUGCGCGAAGUUUCUACUCGAAAGGUGGGGCUGCAAUGGCAGAGCACCACCAACUUACGUUCCAUGAGUCACUCGGAGAUCUAAUCCAAGCAAGCGAAGAUAGCCACGAACAGCGCCAAGAAUUUCGCUGGAACUCAUUGUUCAGAAACAACAUCCAACCCGACACACAUGCGAGUGAUCUAAAGCUUAGCGCUUUUGGCUGCCUUAUUUUGAUCAACGCAGUACAUAAUUUUAUUUGGGAAAUAAGCCAGGAGUAUCACCAAAAUACUGUCUGGACAUCGGAACAGACCGAAAAGUUAUGUCGAAACCUCGAGCCUGCUCUCAAGGCCUGGGAAAUAGUCUGGGACAGCAAUGCCCAGAAUAGUCAUGAGCGAUCAAGUCCACACGGUAUUGGUCCUCUCGCUGCCGACAGUAUUCCCCUCCUCAACCUUGCUUACAUAAGACUCAAUGUGAACUUCUCGCGGAUUAAAGAAAAAUUUUGGCAAAGGGAUUGGGAUGGAGUGGUCGAACAAUUGUCGCUUUCUACAGGUAUUCAUCAUGACCUUGGAAAUGUACCUGUAACAAACGACCUAACCUCUGAACCCUUGGAUCUUUCACGCCAUACCCCAAACUUCGUUACCUCGUCCUCAAUAUCCCUACCACCACGUACAACUAACCGAGCAUCACUAAGUAGGGUUCGUGUGCCACAGCCGGGCCAUUAUAGUUCUCAUGAACGCCACCUACGAAAGGUUGCAUUUAUAGCGGUGAAUUCUCUUCCUAAUUCAGAAAAAUUUGGCGUCAAGUUUGCAGAAUUUUCCGGUCGAGAUCUCCCGUUGUACUCAGCCCUUUGUGUAUUCGAUUCAGCACAAGUACUCGCAGAAUGGAUAGCGUCUGUGCAGGAUAGAGUAGGAAUCUACCUCGGCAUACUAGGAAAAGAUGAAAUCGAUUUGAAUAAGGUUCAGACUGCUAUGCUAUUGGAAGAGGAAGACAUCAACCUACUUGCAAAAGUACAAAAAUUUUUGAACGGCGUUGAGAGUUUCCUGAAUAUAGAUCUUUCUGGUAUGGGAUCUAUGGCUCAAGCAGAUCCACAACUGAGACUGUUGAAUACGGACGAUGGCGGAUGGGGUAGCCAGCUUUUGAAAGUGAUAGCUUACAUGCUGGAGAAGUCCAGUAUCUGGUCCACCGCACACCUGAUGUCGGUCAGCCUAGAGACUCAGGCAAAUCACUUCACUGCAAGGGCUCAAGUCUCAGUUCAGAGACGGCAGUCUGGCGGCUAUAUUUGCUGA